AUGUCGCGGGAUAUAUCAAUGUCUGCGUCCCGUUCUCAUUCCACAUGCUACAAGCUCAGUGCUACUCAUCCCGGUGUCGGUGCUGUGCUGGUGCCUGAUACCGAUGAAGCGUGCGGGAACCAAAUCACCGCAUCAUCAGCGGCAGAUAUCGCCGCAUUGGCAGGAUGCUCGACAUUCACCGGCUCCCUCACCGUUUUGGGCCUCUCUGCCAUUAACUCCAUCGCCCUCCCGGCCCUCCAAUCCCUCACCGGCACCAUCAAAAUCGCUUCCAACCCCCACCUCACAUCCUUAUCCCUCGACAACCUCCAGAGCAGCACAGGAACCAUCACCCUCUACAACAACACCCUCCUCUCUGUCGUCAAUGUCCCUCAACUCAAGACCCUCAAUUCCCUCGAAAUCGUUACCGCCCCCAGUCUUCGACAGUUGUCUCUUGCCAAUGUACAGAUCAUCAAUUCUUUCAAGGUCGAGGAUACGGGAUUGGAUAACUCGGGGAUUGUGCCCUGGAGCUCGUUCCAGAAGGCAACGGAUAUUGGGAUUAGUAACAACAAGUUCUUGAAGGCGAUCGAUAUCCCCGGGUUGAACACCAUCUCGGGCAAGUUGAUCGUCGCUGCCAACGGGUUGCUGGAGGGGAAAGGCGAGGGCGCCAGUCUGCACCUCUCGAACCUGACCACAGUCUCGAACUGCACCCUUCGCCACCUCACCGACAUCCAACUCCCCUCCUUGACCAGCGUCAGCUCAAGUUUAUCCUUUGACGAGACAAACCUCCAACUGAUCCAAGCACCGCACCUUAAGACCGUCGGUCAAACCCUCAGUAUCGUAUCAAACAACAACCUCAGCAACAUCUCCUUCUCAGAACUGACCUCCAUCGGCGGCGCCCUCCUGAUCGCCAACAACACCCUCCUCACCUCCGUCAACGGGUUCGGGCAACUCAAGGACAUCUCAGGCGUCCUGAACAUGCGCGGCGAUUUUUCAAACGUAUCCUUCCCCAAAGUCUCGUCAGUCCAGGGCGGGAUGUCGGUCCUGUCGAGCAGCAAGGACUUUGAUUGCUCGACAUUGAGUAAAGUCAAGGCCAGUGCCCGUGGCAAGACGAUCUGUCAGGCGCAGGUCAAGUCUGCAAAGCCCACAAACUCGAAUGGCGGCGAAGAUGAUGCCCUUCUCAACUCGUCGAAUGUGUUAAAGGUGACUACUCAAGGAGCUGUUUGGGCUGCUGUUGUUCUCCUCAGCGGCCUUGCCUCAUACGCCAUCUAG